AUGGAUUUUCAACGUGAUUCUAUUCGUCCAUUAUCAAACUAUGAAACAUAUCUUGUUGUUAAACAAAUUCAUCAAACAAAUAAUGAACGUGACGUUGGUAAACGUGGUAAAAAAGGCCAAAAUCGUACACUUGAACAUUGUAAUGUUGGUUUAAAUACUGUUAUAUAUGGAACAUUAAAAUAUCUUGAACAAAGUCCAUGUGUAGAACAAAGUCCGGAUAUCAUAACACAAUUUUAUAGGGAAGCGAAAAAAUUUGAAUUAAAAAAACAUGAAAUACUUCAAAUAAUUAAUUUACGUCCAACAACACCUGUCGAAUUGCAAUUGAUUAUAGAAGAUUCCGAAACACGUUUAACUGAAACGCAGAGUAACGAAUUAAUUGAAUUAAUACGAACACUAUUACCACCUGUUGGUGGUUCAACUCACACUAAUGUACUUAAUGAAGUAAUGGAAACGUGA